CAUUUUCUUUAAGCUUUGAGAAAAACUUCUUCCUCCACUUUUGUCUUUCUUCUUAAACCCUUCUAUCUCCCUCUCUUCGAAAAGCAGAUUCCAUAAAAACUGAACUAUUUUCACCAUGGUUGAAUGUUUAUUGAAAUCAAGCAAUAACAACAUCAAAUUUCUCUGUAGUUAUGGCGGCAAAAUCGUCCCCCGUUAUCCCGAUGGUAAACUCCGUUACCAUGGCGGUCAUACACGUGUUCUUGCUGUUAAUCGCUCCAUUUCUUUCUCUGAAUUGAUGGUGAAGAUGGAAGAAUUGUGUGGAGUAUUGGUGAGUUUAAGAUGUCAACUACCAAACGAAGAUCUAGACGCUUUAAUUUCCAUUAAAUCUGACGAAGAUCUGGCUAAUUUAAUCGAAGAAUACGAUCGUUUUGCAUCUUCGUCGUCCACUAAAGUCAGGGCUUUUCUUUUGCCGCUAAAUUCAUCGAAUACAACUACAAGUAUCUCUCCUCCAGCGUCAUUGAAAUCGUUAUCUCCGAAAACAUUAUCGCCGUCGUCUUCAUUCUCCGCCGCUGGAUCUUCGCCUAGAUUUGUCCAACCGGUUUUGGCGUAUCCUGUUGGUUAUGCGAAAUCUGCUAGAAAAAAUUGUCAAAAUUGUUGCCGGAAUUCUAACCAGAUUUUCCUUAUUCAUAAUGGAAAUCACUGGCAAUAAUAUUUGGUUUGAUGAUUGAAGAGGAAGAACAAUAUGAAAUCUGAUAUAAUCAUGUGAACUUAUAAUAGAAGUAUUUUUUUUUCUAGAAAGUUCCAUAAAAUAGAGGGAAGUAGCAUUUAUGAUAUACAUAAUGAUGUAUUUGUAAGUUACAAAGAUUAUUUAUACUAUGAUGAUGACGAUGAAUUUUGAUGA